AUGACUGCUGACUCCUUGCAGGAGCAGGUGCUGAGUCUGGAUGCCUUCUCAUGGAGUGGUGAUAAGAUUGCAGAAACGCCGAAGCAGAAACGGGCCGCGACUGCAGAGGACACUCCGGUGAAGAAGGCGGCACGCACAGCGAAGACAAAACAAGCCACUAAAGGCAGCUCCGCCGGCCAAGGCUCCCUGAAGCCAAAGUAUCGGCAAGCAAAGGAGGAGGACGAUCUCGUGGAAGUGCUUUGCUUCAGCUGCCGCCGGGCGAGGGACACUUCGGUUCAGCUGAGCGUCACCAACUUCUUUGCAAAAAAGGCGGCUGUUGCAGAGGCCCCGGCAGCAAAAGUCAUCGACUUGGAAGCACCCUCAGAUCCGUCGGUUUGUUCGCGCUGUCGGCGGCCGCUUUGGCAGAAGCUCCCGACCUACAAAGUUUCUGCAGAUGCCAUGAAGGGACUGGGUGAGCUUCCGCAACUCCAACGGCUGCGCAUGUAUAGGCGCACGGCCGAACGGCAAGGAGUUCCGUUCCAGAUUUCGGAGAGAAGUGCGUGUGCCUUGAUGCGCAGUCCUUGUUUCGGAUGCGGUGCUCCUUCUCCGCAGCGCGGCCAUGGCCUCACGCGGCUUCGUUUCUGGCCCCCAGGAGUUGCAAAGCCAGACCGCGGCGGCUUCAUGGGCCCGUAUGCCGAGGGCAAUUUGGCGCCUGCAUGCACAAUGUGCAAUAUGAUGAAGGGCCACCGAAAGAUCGCAGGAUUCGUCGAAUGCUGCCGCCAUAUUGCAUCCAAGCACACGGAAGGAGAGCAUUUCGGCGAGUACCCGCAUCGAUUUCGAGACAACGUGUCACGAAGAUCGCGGUCUUCCUACAUCUCCCAGUCCAGUACUCACACGAAAACACACUCGCUGACAAACGAGCAGUUCAAUGCCAUCGUCUCUGAGCCAUGCUUCUACUGCGGCAAGGAGCCCCGGAAGCCAAAGACUCGUGGCCCAGACGAUCGUGGACACUUUAAUGGGUUGGACAGGCUGGACUCAGAGAUCCGUGUCUAUGCCAAAGAGACCACGGUAGCUUGUUGUGGAGAUUGCAACAUCAUGAAGUACCGCUGGGAGUUGAACGAAUUUCUGGAACACUGCCGUCGAGUUGCUCGUCACCAUAAGGGUGAGGCAAGAUGGGUGCACCCUGCUACGCAGAAUUGGGGUCAGACUCCGCAUCAGUUGACAGGAGUUUCCAGAGGAGGGAGUGCUGGAUGA